AGUCGACGCAGUAAACUCUUUAACAGCAGUUAUAUCUGUUGCUGUAGAGAAUAGACAUCGCCUGAGAUAACACUUGUAGCAAAAAUGGUGUUUAUAGGAAUUCCAAUCCUCUUUACACUCUGCCUGUAUAUCCAGAAGUCAGCAUGCGAUGUAGAUCCUAACUUAACCGUAGAGAAUGCAAAUGCCUUCAUAGCUGAAAACAAAGAUACCAUCAACCAAACAUACAGGUUAAAGUACCACGCAAUGGCACCCAUAGGAUGGAUCAACGACCCCAACGGGUUUAUCUUCUUCCAAGACGAAUAUCAUUUGUUUUAUCAGUACAACCCAUACAACGCAUAUCCCAAUAAAAUCCACUGGGGUCACAUGAAGAGCAAAGACCUGGUGCAUUGGGAAGAUCUGCCAGUAGCUUUGGCACCCGACCAGGACUAUGACGCCGAUGGGGUAUUCUCUGGUAGUGCCAUAGUGAAGGAUGGGAAGUUAUACGUGAUGUAUACAGGAAACAGCGGUGACAGACAAGUUCAAUGCAUCGCCGUCUCUGAAGAUGGCAUAAAUUUCCAGAAAAUCGACCAAAAUCCGGUGUUGGACGCAAAUAGUUUACCUUCGAACGCGCAGCCUCAAGAUUUUAGAGACCCGAAGGUAUUCCAACGUGGUGACCUCUACUACGUUGUAACUGUAUCUAGAACCGUGAACGAGACAGGACAAGUGUUACUUUAUCAAUCAACGGACCUAAUCAACUGGGAAUUCAAGUCUAUACUCCUCGAAGGCACCACGGAGCAGGGCAACAUGUGGGAAUGCCCAGACCUAUUCGAACUGGACGGGAAGGAUGUCUUACUCCUUUCUGCCAUUGAGAUGGCCAGGUCUGGUAACGACUACAGCAACAUGGAUUCAGUUGUUGAAUUCAUAGGCGAGAUGAACUGGGGCGAAGGGAAGUUCGUUGUGGAAUCCAUGAAAGAACUUGACCACGGAAUGGACUUCUACGCUACUCAAUCCACUACUGAUAACCAGGGGAGAAGGAUCGUGAUAGCUUGGAUGAAUAUGUGGGCUAGAACUUACCCCACGGCUGACCUCGGCCACGGCUGGGUAGGAGCCAUGACUUUACCACGAGAACUUCACAUUAAACAUGGAUCUUUGGUACAGAAACCUAUUUCUGAAAUUGCCCGUUUCUACAAACCAGUAGCCAAGUAUGUAAAUAUCAGGUUAACGAACCAAACUNUAGGGA